AUGCCUUAUUACUGCACAGUGCCGCGAUGCACAUCUAUGGCUGGAAAAGCAAAAAAUGUUUCAUUUCAUCAGUUUCCUAGAGAUGAAGAAUUAGCCAAAUUAUGGAAUCGAGUACUGAAAAGAGGCAAGCCAUAUACGAAAUACUCAAAAGUAUGCAGUUUGCAUUUUAAACCCGAAGAUUAUACAAUAACUAGUGCACAGAAAAAUCGAGGUCAAUGGAGGACAUUACGAAAAGAUGCAAUACCAUCUCGGAACUUACCAUCUGAGUCACCUGCUGAAGAUUGGCAUAGAAAGAACACCAGUACUUUUCAGUUGCCAACAACACUUGAUACAAGUGUACAACACCAAAUGGCGCAAGCAAUUUAUGUUCAAACAAUGCUAGCUAUGCAAGCAGCUGGUAUAAAUGAAACAAACAAUGUAUUUACCCAUGUUUCAGAACAGUCGUCAUCAUCAAAUUCUGACACUCAAAAUGAAGAUGAUAAUCAAACAACAAUGCAACAAGAGAUAAAAAACACAAUCCCACCAGAAAAAGUAACUUAUGAAUGCAAUCAAUGUUCCAAAUGUUUCAAAGACCCUGAUGUCUUUAUUCUUCAUCAAAGAAAUCAUGUCAAAACAGAAAAUAAUGCAGAGAUGCUGAGAGCAAACCCCAUAUUGGCUAAUUUGCUGAAAACAGACUCUGAAAAUAAUAAAAAUGUUAUUAGUAUAGAAAAUCAAAUUAUGUCAGCACUAACAGAAAAUAUGGCAAAUUAUUUGCAGAACUUGUCAACUAUUAUGACAAACACUGCUUUAGACAAUAGUAUGCAUAGUAUAGUUAAAGGACAAUAUGGAACCGACCUGAUUGAACCUGAUAGUUCCAAUAGCACCAAUAGUGAAGAUCUUAUUAAAGAAACUGAAUCCGACACUCGGUAUUGUGAAGAAGGCAGUGAUGAAAAUAAUUCUAAAUUUAUUGAUGAAACAGAUGGACAUGAUGUUAUACAAGAAAUGGGCAGCGAGGCACUGUGA